AUGAUAGUCAAAGGAGUGAGGGGAGAGCAGUGGAUGUUAUCAACAGUGUAUGCAUCACCAGAUGCAUCUACAAGGAGAUAUUUAUGGGAAUAUUUCUCCAUUAUAGAUAAAUCUAUUAAUUUUCCAUGGCUGGUAGUGGGGGAUCUGAAUGAGGUGAUUAAUUCAGAAGAGAAAAAGAGAGGUCGACUGCUAGGAAGAGCAAGCCAAUCAAGUCUUGCAAAGUUACUCUUGCAGGGUGGGUUAAUGGAUAUGAAUUGUGGUGGUCCUCCGCUUACUUGGAGGAACCGUAGGAAAAGGAUUAGGAGUAUCAGGAAGCGACUGGACAGGACGUUAUCUAAUAGUCUGUGGCGUGCACAAUUUCAAGGAGCAGUAGUCAAACAUAUGGUUCGUACUCACUCAGAUCAUCACCCGUUACAGGUCUGUCUGGAGGGGAUUCCACAAAAAAGUAAUGGGGAGAAACCAUUCAGAUUGGAGCAAGCUUGGUCCACGCAUCCGGAAUGUGAAAAGGUAGUUACAGAGGCUUGGAACGGCACUGAGAAGACGUUAGAAGGGAAACUGUAG